AAAAGAAAAGAAGUGUGUAUGUGUGUGUUUUUUUGUUCGGUUAACAAGGUCUGCAGAACUAGAGCCCAAACUUGGACUCCUUUAACAGGCCUGACCCAUCUAAUCUGCUUCUGCUUCUGCUUCCAUUAUUGAAACCCUUUGUUUUUUUUUUUUUCGGUUACAAUUAUUUGGGAAAUUUUCAGAGAGAGGGAAAAGCAAAAAAAAGAGGACACUCAGCUCAGCUGUGGAGGAAGUUGAAGAAGGAACAAGGGUUUAAGCACACUUUCUCCUAUUCUUUCAAUGGUACGUGAUUUUUCAGCGCGGUUCUAAGCUCUUUUUAUAUUUCUGGGGUUCGAUUUCCUUUCUCCAAUCUGUUAAACCACUUGCCGCUUUGUGAAACCCAUCAAAAACCCUGUUUUUUUUCCUUGUAUCAAUUUUAGUUUUUGUUUAAGGGUUUAGACUGCGGGCGACGUUUCUUGGUGACUCAAGACUGGAGUAGCUUAAGGUUGAGUUUUACGGUUAAAUUGAAUUGUAAUAAAUGACUUCUCCACCAUCGAAAAACAUAUGGAUUCGGCGGCAACAAUGCCCAUGUGGGGAUUGGAAAUGUUAUGUGACAUAUGAGGGAGACUCUGAAGAGACAUCAUCCAUAACAUCCCAAUUGGUAAAGAAUGAUAGUGCAGGCUCAGAAGCUAUGGUUUCCCCUUAUGUUGGAAUGGUAUUUAAGAGUGACGAUGAUGCAUUUGAGUAUUAUGGCAACUUUGCUAGAAAAAAUGGCUUCUCAAUUCGGAAAGAGCGGUCCCGACUUAGUCCUCAAUUGGGUAUUUAUAAGCGUGACUUUGUUUGUUAUCGUUCUGGCUUUGCACCAGUGAAGAAGAAGCCGACAGGAGAACACCACAGGGAUAGGAAGUCAGUUCGGUGUGGAUGUGAUGCAAAAAUGUAUUUGUCCAAGGAGGUAGUUGAUGGGGUUUCUCAAUGGUUUGUUGUGCAAUUCAGUAAUGUCCAUAACCAUGAGCUUUUGGAAGAUGACCAAGUACGCCUUCUUCCUGCAUAUCGUAAAAUUCAUGAGGCAGAUCAAGAGCGGAUACUAUUACUUUCUAAAGCUGGGUUUCCUAUACAUCGCAUAGUGAAGGUGUUGGAGUUGGAAAAGGGGAUUCAAGGUGGACAAUUACCCUUUUUAGAGAGGGACGUUAGAAAUUUUGUCCAAAAUCGUAAGAAGGUUGUUCAAGAAAAUGAUGCUUUGCUCACUGAAAAACGGGAAAACGAUACAUUGGAACUUCUUGAGGCAUGCAAGGGAACAAAAGAAGCAGAUGAAGACUUCGUUUAUGAUUUUACAGUUGAUGAGAAUGAUAAAGUUGAACACAUUGCAUGGUCAUAUGGUGAUUCAGUCCAUGCAUACACUAUGUAUGGUGAUGCAGUUUAUUUUGACACUUCGUAUCAAUCAAUCACAUACGGCGUGCUUUUUGGAGCAUGGCUUGGCAUUGACAACCAUGGAAGGACCAUUUUCUUUGGUUGUGUUCUUUUGCAAGAUGAAACACCUCGUUCCUUCUCGUGGGCUUUACAGACUUUUGUUCGUUUCAUGAGAGGGAGAUGCCCGCAAACAAUUCUAACUGAUCUUGAUCCUGGGCUGAGAGAUGCAAUAAGCAGUGAAUUACCAGGCACUAAACAUGUCAUUUCUAUAUGGAAUAUUCUUCCCAAGGUAUCCAGCUGGUUCUCUGUUUCACUUGGAUCUCGCUGUGCAGAAUUUAAAUCUGAGUUUGAUGUGUUAUAUCGGGUGGAGAGUACAGAGGAUUUCGAGCUUCAAUGGAAUCAAAUGAUUUCAAUGUUUGGGCUUACUACAGAUAAACAUAUUGCUUUACUUUAUUCAUUCCGGGCAUCCUGGGCUCUGUCAUAUAUGAAGGGUUACUUUCUUGCUUGUACGGCAACGACUACAUAUUCAAAGUCUGUAGAUGCAUUUUUGAAAGGAGUUUUCAGUGCACAAACAUGUUUGCGUAGCUUUUUUGAGCAGCAUGAACUUGUGCUCGCCAUGCAAUAUGCAGUAUCUGAAAUGUCCAACGGGUCAUAUCUUGUGCGCCACUUUAAGGAAAUUGAUGGGGAGCGUCUUGUGAUAUGGAUACCAGAAGAGGAACAGAUUCAUUGUUCCUGUAAAGAAUUUGAAUCUUCUGGAUUGUUAUGCAGACAUUCUCUGCGUGUAUUUGUAGCAAAGAACUACUUUCAGCUUCCUGACAAGUACUAUUUAAAUAGAUGGCGGAAAGAAAGCUCUCUUGAUUUUUAUGAUGACCACAUUGCUCGAACUAGUGAUGAUGAAUGGUUUCAAGAUUAUCACUGCCUUACUGAAACCCUGUUUACAGAAUCAUCAAUUACAAAGGAGCGUGCUGAUUAUGUUCGCAGGGAAUUGACAACACAACUCACAAGGAUUCUUAAUGAGGUUAGAAAUAUGCCAGAAUGUGAAGGAGUUGCUAUGGAUCUGACAUUUUCCCCUACGGGCUAAUUUGAAGCAGUUGUUCAUGUGUACUGUAUUGGUAUCAAAUGCAACUGCAACAUGCUUUCUGGAAUUCAGAGAAUAGACAGAGUUAAAGAAAAUAUGAUUGGAAGGUUUAGGCAAUGGAAGGACAAUAUGGCUUUGCAUUAUUUCUCUUAUAUUAAGCAGAAAAGUGUAAUGUUUGGAAGAUCCAUCGCUGUUCGGCCAAAUUGCUGUUUAAACUUCCUGAUGUAUAACAUCACAACACUCAAAAAGGAAGUGGAGAAAGGAACUUACCUAAGGUGAUGUACUCUAUCUGUAUAUGUCAUUGAUAAAAUUUGAAAUGAAGCAAAGCACAGUUUCUUCCUU